GUUUUUGAGGUUUAGUCAUAAACAUCAUGGUUGAUGCAGUCGUUUCAUUGAAAAUGCUAUUCAAAUCCGAUCGCAUCUGCAGUGACAACUUUAUUUUCCGACUGCAUUGCAAAAUAACAGUAAUCAUUUUGAUAACUCUUUCUCUGUUCAUAAUAUCAAAUCAGUUUAUCGGUGAACAAAUCAAUUGUAAUGUGGGUGAAAUUCCAUCAAACGUUAUAAUUAGUUACUGUUGGUUACUGAGUACAUAUGCAGAUUUAAAGUGGAAAAAAGACGAAGUUAGUCGUGUCGUAGUUCAACCAGUGGAUGGAAGUUUUAUUAGUGAUGAAAAUGGAGAUAAAUACUACAAAUUCUAUCAAUGGGUUUAUUUCGCUCUCUUACUUCAAGCAGCGCUUUUCUACAUUCCAAAACAGCUGUGGAAAUUUUGGGGUGGAUGGCUUGUCGAAGAUCUCGUGGACAAUUUGAAUUUACCAAUUGUGGAUGCGGAUUAUAAAACCGAAAGAAAAGAAAUCAUCAUUAAUUAUUUUGAAACGAACAUGGGACAACAUAAUAUCUAUGCAAUUAGAUAUUUGAUUUGCUUGAAUCUGAAUCUAAUCAAUGUAAUUAUGCAGAUGUAUUUUAUUGAUUACUUCUUUGGUGGCGAAUUUUCGUGUUAUGGUUUUGAGACAUUGAAAUUCAUUCAAAUGAGGCCGGAUGAUCGCUUUGAUCCAAUGAAUGGGGUGUUUCCAAAAACAGCAAAGUGUGUAUUCAGUCGAUAUGACCCAUCGGGAAAUAUAGUAAAUCUAAAUACUUUGUGUGUUCUUCGACAAAAUGUCAUAAAUGAACAAAUUUAUGUUUUUUUAUGGUUUUGGUUUUAUUUUGUGUGCAUUAUGAGUGCCUUUUCUGUUGUGUAUUACUCUUUAAUUUUCAUUUUUCCGUGUCAUCGAUCCUUUCUUACUGAAUCUAAGCAAAGGUUUAUAUCAUUUGGCGAUAUGGAGAAGUUUACAGAUAAGUUAAAAUUUGGUGAUUGGUUGCUUCUCUAUCAUUUAAGUAAAAAUAUUGAUGCGUCAUUAUAUAAAGAAAUAUUGAAGACCUUGUCUACAAAUAUGGAUCAAAAUGAAACUUUUUAUAAUAAUUACUAUGGCAUAUAUAAUGUCUAA